AGACGACAUGCUCUGCAACGAAUUGUUAUUCCCUCUAUCGUGAAAACCUGAACCUCCAAGAUGCAGAAGACUACUGUAUCUCCCUAGGGUUUUACUUGGCCCAACCGGAAAAUAAGAAGACGUUCCAGUUCCUAAGUGACUGGUUAACUAUGAUUAAUGACGGAUCACUCUCCAAUGUAUGGGUAGGGUAUUAUACAAAGAGCGUGAAGAAGUUUAGUAUAUCUACACCCAAGAGGAAAAAAAGGUCUUCAUUUGCUAAUGUCUUGUUAUCAGGGUACAAUAAUAAAAUGUUUGAUGAUGGUCGAACAUCCUACUGGGAAUCUUCGAAUAUUCAAACAUCCACUCUUCUUCCACUUCGAAGAGCUAAACAAGCUUCUAUCAACUUCAUUUCGCCGUACAGAAUAUUUGAAAAAGCUGCAAAAAAAAAAGACAACAAAAAGAGUAAAAAGGUAGGAACAUGUGUAAAUCUGGACGGGGAAACAGAGUACAGUGGCAAAGUGGCCCCGUGUGAGGAGACAUAUCCUUUCAUAUGCGCUCAAUAUCAAAGUAUUACAUACCUUCCAACAACAACUACUCAAGCUUCAAUCACCACAGAUAAACUAACAACUACACAAUUUAACACAUUAACAACUAUUAAAACUCCAACCACCACACAUACAUUAACAACUACCCAAGCUCUAACUACCACUUCCAAACCAAUGACUACUCAAGCUCCAACUACCACAAACAAACCAAACUACUCAAGCUCCAACUACCACAAACAAACCAACAACUACUCAAGCUCCAACUACGACAUAUAAACAAACGACUACUCGAGCUCCAACUACCACAAACACACCAACAACUACUCAAGCUCCAACUACCACAAACAAACCAACAACUACUCAAGCUCCAAUUACCAUGACAAACCAACAACUACUCAAGCUCCAAUUACCACUGACAAACCAACAACUACUCAAGCUCCAAUUACCACUGACAAACCAACAACUACUCAAGCUCCAACUACCACUGACAAACCAACAACUACUCAAGCUCCAACUACCACAAACAAACCAACGACUACUCAAGCUCAAAUUUGUGUGGUAAAACCAACAACUACUCAAGCUCCAACUACCACUGACAAACGAACAACUACUCAAGCUCCAACUACCACAAACAAACCAACAACUACUCAAGCUCCAACUACGACAGACAAACCAACAACAACUGAAUUUCCAGCUACUACAAAUAAUACAACAACUACUGAAGCUCCAAUAACCACAAACAGACCAACAACUACUCAGGUUCCUACUACCACAAACAAACCAACAACUAUUCAAGGUUCAACUACUACAGACAAAGCGAUAACUCUUCAAGCUCCAAGUACAACAAACAGACCAACAACUACUGAAGUUCCUACUACCACAAACAAACAAACAACUACUCAAGUUUCAACUACUCUAGCUCCAACUACCACAGAGAAUCCAACAACUAGUCAAGCUCCAAGAACCACAAAAAAAUCAAAAACUAGUCAAGCUCCAACAACCAUAAAUAAACCAAUGACUACUCAAGCUCCAACUACCACUUCCAAACCAAUGACUACUCAAGCUCCAACUACCACUUCCAAACCAAUGACUACUCAAGCUCCAACUACCUCUUCCAAACCAACAACUACUGAAGCUCCAACAACCACUUCCAAACCAACAACUACUGAAGCUCCAACAACCACUUCCAAACCAACAACUACUGAAGCUCCAACUACCACUUCCAAACCAACAACUACUGAAGCUCCAACUACCACUUCCAAACCAACAACUACUCAAGCUCCAACUACCACUUCCAAACCAACAACUACUGAAGCUCCAACUACCACUUCCAAGCCAACAACUACUGAAGCUCCAACUACCACUUCCAAGCCAACAACUACUGAAGCUCCAACUACCACUUCGAAACCAACAACUACUGAAGGUCCAACUACCACAAAGAAACCAACAACUUCAAGUUCUAUCACAACAGAAAAUUAUCAAACCAGCUCAACAUCUACUAGAACCACUGGUGAAACGAGUGCUUCACAAGAAG